AAGAGAGAGAGAGUAAGAGAGGGAGGGAGAGAGGGAAAUGGAGAUAAAGAGGGAGCUAGAGAGGGAGGGAGAUGGAGAUGGAAAUAGGGAGGGAGAGAGGGAGACUGAGAGGAAGUCUCCACUCGGGGAUCCUGUCAGAGCUUUGUGUGUCUUCUUUUGCGGGUCCUGCCCAAGUCGCCCAAGUCGGAGGCGAAGCGUGAGGAAGGCGGGCGGCGCCAGUCCCCAACCUCUCCUCCUUCUCCUCUCCUUCCUCCUGCUUUCCCCUGCUCUUUGGUGAGUCUGGAAGAGUGAACUGCGAGCUGGGGAGACGCGCCUCGCUCCUCCCAGCCUUGGAAGCGGCAGCAGCAACAGGAGCCGCAAGUGGAUGGCUGGGCUCCGCUUUCUCGCGGGCGGCGAAGGCGGCUCUCUGCUUCCCGCUCCCGGAGUCGAGGAGGGUCUCCUGCCUCUUCGCUUCCGAAGCGCUUAAGAGCCCAAGAGGCAGAAGCAGGCAAAGGCGAGGAUGGAGAGAGGCGGGGGCGCGCCGCUUCCCGGCUGAGGAGGCGCUUGGUGUUGGUGUCCCCUUGGAGAUGGGAGCGCGACUCCGGAGACGCCGCGUUUGAGGCUGGGCUCGGGCACUCCGGGGGCGCCUUGGACCAGCCUUUGCUCCUCGGAGCGCUUUGGCUUCCCCCCAAAGUUGGAGAGGCCCUUCCUUUCCCUUGGGCUCAGGUCUCCUGUCCCAGCACCAAUGGCCCCUUGGAAGCGUUGAAAGCCAACGAGGAACCACCGCGCGGCUGGAGGGAUGCUGCCGGACGCGUGGCGCGGGGUUCGGAGGUGACUUGGGGAGGGCGACGCGGGGGAACUUCGGGGGCGCCUUCGGGGCCCUUCUCCGGCCAUGGCCUUCACCUUCGCCGCCUUCUGCUACAUGCUCUCCCUGGUGCUCUGCGCCGCCCUCAUCUUCUUCGCCAUUUGGCACAUAAUUGCCUUUGAUGAGUUAAAGACGGAUUUCAAGAGUCCCAUAGACCAAUGCAAUCCUGCACAUGCGAGAGAACGGUUGAGGAACAUUGAGAGAAUUUGCUUUCUUCUCAGAAAGCUAGUAUUGCCAGAGUAUUCAAUCCACUGCCUUUUCUGUAUAAUGUUUCUGUGUGCACAAGAAUGGCUCACCCUUGGCUUAAAUAUUCCUCUGCUUUUCUAUCACUUCUGGAGGUAUUUCCAUUGUCCAGCAGACAGCACAGAGUUAGCAUAUGAUCCGCCAGCAGUAAUGAAUGCAGAUACCUUGCGCUACUGCCAAAGAGAGGCUUGGUGUAAACUAGCUUUUUAUCUCCUCUCAUUCUUCUACUACCUUUACUGCAUGAUCUACGCUUUAGUGACUUCCUAAUUCAAAGAUGCUACUAAAAACGGGAAGCAACAAAGGAUGCAGACUAAAGACAAGGCAGCCUACAGUGAUGCUCGAUGCAUAAAGCACUGCAGAGAGAUGGAAGCUUUGAAUCCCACCUCCAUGCAGGAUGUCAAAGAAAAGAAAAAGCCUCCUUAGGGGAAACAGUUGACUACAGAAAUGAAAAAACUUGAAGUGAUAAGAAGCUGCUCAAACUGCUUUUCUUUCUUACCUCUCAGUGUUUUGUGGUUUUGGAUUUGUGAUUUUCUAAUGUAAACAAAACAAAUAUGUAUUUAUAAGAUAAACGUACCUACUUUUGAAGAGAGCUCCAUCUGCACGCGGUGGAAGAGGAAUUCUGUCACAUCCAUUUUAUCAUGCAAGAAUUACAAGAAGAAGAAGAAGGAUUGUAUAGCAAGAAUGGUUCCCUACAGUAAUUACAGAUAAGAAGGCGACUGUGGCUAAAAUGCUGUUGUCAGAACUGAAUUGCUGGUUGGAGGAAAGAAAUGAAAACAUGCGACUAGUUGCUCUUGUAAUUCACAUAAUGAAGAUGGAAGAUGUCUUGUCAGGACACAUGGCAGAAAUACAUUCAGAAUAUGUACCUUGUCAUUCCAAACUGCAGAUCUUUUAUAUGGUUCUCUGUUAGAAUAUUUCAGAAAUGCUGAACCACUUCACACAUGGUGCAGCAAAGUAGUACCAGUGCAUUAUGUAGGCUGAGACAAUUUUGUCAAGAAUUCAAUAGUCGAAUAUUUCUCUUACUGGAGAAAAUAUAUGCUAGUUGCACAUAUGAAGAUGUGACAGAGCACUUCGCGCAAUUCAGAAUAUGAGUUAUAAAUGACCACAUUGCUUUAGUCAGCAUUCUUGUCCCGUGACUUGGGUUGUAUGGUCCCAUUGCAUCUAACGUUACUGGGGCUGUUCAGUUUUUUCCUUGUGCCAAAUGAAUAUUGUAGAAAAUAGAAAUAAACUGUCAUUCUCUUUUUUGUAUACAA